UGUGCUUUCACAAAGGCUUCCACGUAGAAGAUUUUAAAAACUAAAAUAAAAAGUAACUCCAAGUUUGAAAUCAUGCUGCCAGGGAGAGUGUUUGCAAGGAAGCAGCCUGAUAAACAAGAAAAUUUGACAAGUUGCAAAGAGGUGAAAUUCUACAGUGUGGCAACAAUUCCCAGUCUGUGAGAGCCUCACUGUGGUCCCAACCACCUUGGUAUGACUACAGGAUUGUCGUUAUUACAGCCUCAGGAAACUGGGCAGGACUGAAAAAGUAACAGUGAUGUGAAGUUUGUCUGAGUCACUGACUGCAUCCCCCGUGGUUCUCUCAGGGCAGCAGCUCUUGGAAGAAGGCAGAGUAGGAUGCAGUGAGUGAGAGCUGCUCUUUCUGCUCACCACUAACUUCAGAUCUCCUCCCCUAGCCUCUCCCAGUCUUUUGUACUUUCCUUGCUACUCCAUCCACUGCAGCAUAAACUGGCAGAAGCAGCAGCAGAAGCCCUGCUCCAAAAGCGACUCAAAAAGCCUCGGAACCAGCAGCAGCCAUGAACAUGAAAACCGUGGUUGUGCUGCUCCUCCUGGCCCUGGCCACAAUCUUUGCCCUCGUCUGCGUGCUGCUGACCCGGGCACGGGCCCCCAGCUCCUGCCAGCAGCAGCCCUUGGCACAGGAGGAAGCGGACGACGGCCACAGCCGGGUCUUUGCCGACCUGACAGCCGAGGAGCUGGCCCAGGUGGUGCAGUACCUGCGGGUCAGCCUCGGGGUGCCGCUGGCUGAUGCAGCGCGUGCCAAACCUUCUGACAACUGCAUUGCCUCCGUGGACGUGCAGCUUCCGGCCAAGGCAGAAGUGCUGCGGUUCCUGGAUGCCGGAGGGGCUCCCCCGCCCCGCGAGGCGCUGGCUGUGCUGUACUUUGGGGCCCAGGCAGAGCCCAACGUCACCGAGUACGUGGUGGGCCCACUGCCGGCACCGACGUACCACCGGGACAUCACGGUGCAGAAGUAUGGGGGGAAGGUGCCGUACCACCGCAGACCAGCAUUGCCUGCUGAAUACAAACAGGUUGCUGAUUUUUUUAAAAAACAGGUGUUCCCUGCAGCUCCAUCCUUCAUGGACCAAGUGAUGGAGUAUGAUGGGGCCAACCUGGCUGCUGUGACAGCUGCUCCCCGUGGAUCCCGGUCUGGAGAUCGGCUCACCUGGUUUGUCAUGUUUCAGAAUGUGAGUGGGUUCUUCCUGCACCCAAUGGGGCUGGAGGUGCUGGUGGACCACAGCAGCCUGGAUCUCACACAGUGGGCAGUCCACAGAGUCUUCUACAACGGCCAAUACUACAGGGACAUGUCUGAGCUGGAGAGAAUCUAUGUGCAGGGUGGUGUCCACGUGGAGAAGGUAAAAAGAGCACCGUGGGAUGGGGACUUCUCGUCUAUGAGGCCCCGAGCACCGGUGGCCGCGACGUUCCCCUUGCAGUAUGAGCCCCAGGGGCCGCGGUACAGCAUCAGGAACAACCUCAUCAUCUUCCAGGCCUGGAGCUUUGCCUUUGGAAUGAGUGUGAUGACGGGCAUGCGCCUGUUUGACAUCCGGUUCAAUGGGGAGAGGGUUGUGUACGAGAUGAGUGUGCAGGAGGCGCUGUCAGUGUAUGGCUCCAACUGCCCUGGCGGGAUGUCCACCCGCUACAUGGACAGCAGCUUUGGCAUUGGGCGCUACUCCUCACCCCUGGUGCGUGGGGUCGACUGCCCGUACACGGCCACCUAUGUGGACACGCACACCCUACAUGAGGGCUUGAGCUACAGCAGGAGGACGGCGGCCCUCUGCAUUUUCGAGCAGAACCUGGGCUCCCCUCUGCGGCGCCACUACUCCAACCUACAGUCGUUGUACUAUGGUGGGAUGGUCAACUCCGCGCUGGUCCUUAGAUCCAUCACCACUGUGGGUAACUAUGACUAUGUCUGGGACUUCAUCUUCUACCAGAAUGGGGCCAUCGAAGGCAAAGUCCAGGCCACAGGGUACACGAGCUCAUCCUUUUUCCAUGGGAAUGGUCUGCAGUAUGGCAAUAGAAUUUGGGAGCAUACCUUGGGUACAAUUCACACCCAUUUUGUCAACUAUAAAGUGGACUUGGAUGUGGGAGAGGUGAAGAAUUCUUUGGUGGCCCAUGACAUGGCAUUUGAGGUGGCACAGGCUCCCUGGAACCCAGAGCAGCAGAUUGAGCGUCCACGGCUCACUGAGAAGGCCCUGGACACAGAGGACCAGGCUGCCUUCCGGCUCCACUCCACGAUGCCCAGAUACGUCUACUUUGCAACCAACAAAAAAAACAAGUGGGGCCACCAACGUGGCUACAGGAUUCAAAUCAUCAGCUUUGCAGGGGAUCACAUUCCCGAAGCCAGCUCCAUGGAGAGGGCCAUCAGCUGGGCAAGGUACAAGCUGGCUGUCACCAGGCGGAAGGAGGAAGAACCCACCAGCACCAGUGUCUACAACCAGAACGACCCUUGGACCCCCACUGUCGCUUUUGCUGACUACAUCAAUAAUGAAACUAUCACCAAUGAGGAUCUUGUGGCCUGGAUAACUGCUGGUUUCCUCCAUAUCCCUCACUCAGAAGAUAUUCCCAACACCUUGACGGUGGGAAAUUCAGUUGGUUUUCUCCUGAGACCCUACAACUACUACGACUUGGACCCCUCCAUUUACUCACCCGAUGGCGUGUUUUUCACCAGCGAGCAGAACUUCAUGGCAUGUGAGGUUAACCCCAUCACCUGCCUGUCCCAAACUGCCUCCUGCUUGCCAAGCUUCCCCCCAUUCACCUAUGACGGAUUCCAAAAUAUCAGCAGGCUUUAAAGGUCCAGGAAGCAGGAUUAGAGGCUGACUGAUCUCCCAUGGAUAUUCAUUUCUUUUAGUGGCAUUUUCUUUGUUUGCAGUUCUGUAACAACUUCACUUUUUAUUGUGGCUUUUAUAAUGUAGUGAUCUGUAUGAGUGAAGCAUGCUGCCCAGAAGAGAUCUGCAGAGUCUCUGCUAACUGCUGCAUGCCAGGGGUAAAAGUGAGGAGAACAUGUGCUUCCUCUGUUGUAGCAACAAAUGCUGUGUAGUGCCAAUGUCAGGUUAAAAAA